CACCGGCCGGGCGGGCGGGACGGAGCGCGCACAAAGUUUCCUGCGGAGCCCGCGGGCGGCGGCAGCGAUGCCCGUGCUGCGCGGAGCGCUGGGGCUGCGCGGGCGCCGCCGGCCUUAGGGGAGCUAGAGCGGCGCGGGGCGCGGCAGCGAGCCCCCGGCCCGUCCUCUCCUCCGGGCGGCCAGGAGGAAGCGCCCCGGGCAGGGACGGGAGAGCGGCACUGCCGGAGCGCGGGGAGGGGGACCGGCACCGCGGGGCCAGCCGCGCCGGCGGAGCCGCGGGGAAAGAUGAGCUUGUUGUCAACCAUCGACACCAGCGCCGCGCCCGUGUACCAGCCCGCCCAGCUCCUCAACUGGGUCUAUCUCUCGCUGCAAGACACGCACCAGGCCAGCGCCUUCGAUGCCUUCAGACCCGAGCCCUCCUCGUCCCAGCACCCCGACCUCGGCUACACCAAGAGCACGCCGGAGCUGGGCUCCUCACUCAGCUCCAGCUAUCUCAACAGCUUCUUCCAGCUCCAGCGGAGCGAGGCUCUGAGCAGCAGUCUCUACAAGAGUGCAUCCCCUUAUGGCUCCCUUAACAACAUUGUGGAUGGGUUAAGCUCCCUCACCGAGCAUUUCUCCGACCUAUCCCUUUCUUCAGAAGCCAGAAAACCCAGCAAGAGGCCACCUCCUAACUACCUGUGCCACCUCUGCUUUAACAAGGGACACUACAUCAAAGACUGCCCCCAGGCUCGUCCAAAAGGAGAAGGCCUGACACCAUACCAGGGCAAGAAACGCUGCUUUGGUGAAUAUAAGUGCCCCAAAUGCAAGAGAAAAUGGAUGAGUGGAAACUCCUGGGCUAACAUGGGACAAGAAUGUAUCAAGUGCCACAUUAAUGUCUAUCCUCACAAACAGAGACCCCUGGAAAAGCCGGAUGGCCUGGAUGUGUCAGACCAGAGCAAAGAACACCCCCAGCACCUGUGUGAGAAGUGCAAAGUCUUGGGCUACUACUGCCGCCGUGUGCAAUAAACCUUCACCAUGGCCUCUUCCCAUCCCCAUCAUCCUGAGAGAUUCUCUGGCAGCAUGCCAUCAACAGCAGCACAACAGAUCAAGAUAAAAGCUAAAAUAAUUGCCAAUAUUGCCUAUCUAAUAAUAUGCCUUACCAUUAAUAGAAUGUAACAUUUCUCCUGUGCAUGUGCAUGCAUGCAAUAGGUAUUUACAGGACUAUGAUUUGUAUACAUAUAUAUGUAAAUGUAUAUAUGUACACACAUAAGGUGUUACUGAUGAUGUUCACAACAGAACUACAGUUACAGGUUCUGCUGAUUGUUUACACAGACCCUAUAUCACAGCCAGGUGAAAUGAAGUACUUUUCAAAAGGCAAGGAAUAAUAUUCACAAGGAAUAUUUGUUACAUGUAUGGCUUUUGCAGAGGUUCAGUAACUGUGGGGCCACUAAUCGUAAGCACUCACCCACAAUAUGAACACUGUUCUUAUUAUAUGACAAGACAAAGGGAGAUGAAACAAGCCACAGCAUAAAAGGGGAAUUACUGCUUUCCCAGUUUUAGAAAGUCUUAAGAGUUUGUGCUGCUGAUUUCUUGGACUUUUUUCUAUUUGUUACCAUCUCUUGGGCAGGGCUUAGGCAAAACAAUUUUUGCAGGACAUGAAAAAAACGUGAAUAAUUGUUUGAGGGGUGUGGGUUGGGUAGGAAGGGAAUGCCAUAAGAUUCCAAGAGGUUUUUGUAGGAGACAAAAUUGGCUUGCAAAUGCAACUACCAGAUCCUUCUCUUGUCAUAUAAUCCCACUAACAUGGCCCCUUCUACGUGCAUGACAUGUUCAUUAGGCUACAAGCACACUAAAUUUACUAUGAAUAAGGGGAUAAGAAUACUUCAAACUGACCCCAAUAUCCUUAACUAAAAGAUUAGCCAAACUUACUAUUUAUAGUAUUUUAAAAGCCACUUGCUGGAAAUAUUUUUAUGUCCUGUUUUCUACUAUAGAAAUUUGUAAUUAUAUGAAACAUGUUAGCCAUAGGGGUGUUUUAAGGCAUGGAGAACAUUCUAUAUAACCCCCUUUCUUUAUGUCUUCCUGAAGAAGACCUACAUACCUGGGGAGAAAUUUAGGAAUUAUAUUUCAUUGCCCCAUUUCAGGUAGAACUUUGCACAGGGACAGCCUGCUGCAAAGAACAUCUUGUCAGGGAUUGGCAAACUGAAAGUACCUCGAGACAGUAUCCUGAUUGUACGUCUACAUGAGAGUACAUUGGCAAAAGGACUCAACAAGCAAUUAAUUUGUAGCAUUCAUUAAAAAUUUAGAGGAAUAAUGUUUGAGGUUGGGGGGGGAGGGGGGUUUACAUCAGCAAUUUACAUUUUUAUGAAGUUUCCUUUAGGGAGAUUGAUUUGUGUGAAUGAUACUUAGAGAAAAUACUUUAAAUCCUAAAUAACUUGAUGUGAACUAAAUGUGUUCUGAGGACUGGCUCUGUAAUGCAAAGAAAGUGGGGGGUUUAUGCCAAGUGAUAGCAGGAUGUUACCAGUAUGUCAAGACAAGCUCUUAUAAAGAAAGUAGAGAACUUAUCAUGAGUAUUCACCUAGGGAACAUGAAGCUCCUGACAAAUCUGCUGCAGGGUCCAGCUCUUGUCAUUUCCCUGCUUUGCUAUAAGCAGGGCAAAAUUGCAUCUGCUUGUUUGGUGGGAGUGGCAGGUACAUGUCUUGAAAACUCUAUUAUUUAUGGGCAGCCUGAGUGACCCAGCCUGCUGCUCACAGCAAUGGAUAAGCAUCCUGACUCCUGGCUUCUGACCACAACUCUCCCAUAGCUCCCUGAUUUUGGGCAAGUCACAAGAUCCUUCUGGACCUCAGUUUCCCCAGCUGCAAAAAGGGGGUAAUAAUACUUUAGCAUACCUACCUCACAGGAGAGUUGUGAGGUUUACUUAAUAUCUCUGAAAUGUUUUGGCAUCACUGGAUGAAAAGUGCUGUGUAAUGCUAAAAUAGAAUUAACUAAAUUAAUCACGUGGAAACUACUUUUGCCCAGCUAGCAACUCCAACUAAAAUAGCUGAAAAUAAUAUUAUUGAGAGUAACACUAAUAAACAGUUCAGUUGCCUCAGUGAAGAUAUGCAGUUUUAGCAUUUUCAAAUGCAAACACAUUCUUCUGCAGAGAUUCACAAAUUAACUUAGAGAAAAAUUCUCUCAACAAAGAUACUAAUCUGUCUAUACAAAUAAGAAAAUACACAAGCAAAUCUAGGGGUGGAUUUUCUAAGCUUGACCUCUAGGAUUAAUCUCAAUAGUUUGUUUCAAGCAUGAGUAAUUUUGAAAGAGGAGCAUUUUAGACCAGAUCUAUUUUUUGCUCUUGAGCACUUAAUAGUACAGGAACAAAAAAAAUCACCUAGAUGGUUCACAUCUAGCUAAAGAACAUGUAGAAAAACCCUCUUAGAUGAAGAUAAGAGAAAACGUUAUUUUAUUUUCUCCCUGAAACUAAGAUGUUGCUAUCAAACAUUUUGUUCAGUACUGAAAUUAUCUCCCUGUUAUGAUAACCACUAAAACCAGUAAAAUACCACAACUCUUGAUAUAGCUGUAUCACUAGAUCACACACCAGCAGGUUCUGACAAAAAGCUGACUAAAAGAUGCCAUUAUAAGCAUUGGUAUUUUCAUGACAGUGCCCUAUUAAGAAUUGUUUAUCCAUAUUCAACACUGCAAGGCAAUGCCUUUAGCUUAUGGAUUUUUAGAUUAUACUAAAAAUACACGUUAUCUACUUUAACACAACGUCUAUAGGUGUAGCAUAAUAACUUUUGAGAGCAUACAUAUGAGAGUUCAGUAUUUAUAUUAUUGAUGUGUUCCUAGGCAGGAGACAUAUAAUUUAAGGGAUACUUAGCAUAUCUGUAACAAAGAGGAGAGCAGAUCUCCCCCUGCCCUGGCGCUGGGGGGAAGCAGAUGAAGAACACAAGGUGUGGGGAAGCACGGAGUGACACUGCCGUGGUUUUACUGCCUAAGGCGAGGCACAGAUCCGGCGGUGCCGGGGGCAGCGGGAACCGCGUCCCUGCGCAAGCUGAGCCCGGCCCGGGCAGGAGCGCCGAGCUCGGAUCCCGUCCGGGCAUCUCCUCCGUGCGCAGGGUGAGCCCGGCCUGGGCAGGAGCGCCGAGCUCGGAGCCCCCGUCCCUCCCUGCACAGGCUGAGCCCGGCCCGAGCAGGGCAGGAGAGCCGAGCUCGGAGCCCCCGUCCCUCCCUGCACAGGCUGAGCCCGGCCCGGGCAGGGCAGGAGAGCCGAGCUCGGAGCCCCCGUCCCUCCCUGCACAGGCUGAGCCCGGCCCGGGCAGGGCAGGAGAGCCGAGCUCGGAGCCCCCGUCCCUCCCUGCACGGCCGGGCCGCCGGCACUGCAGCUCGAGGCCCGAGCACUCGCUCCACACUGAGCCUGUGCAGUGGGAGCGGCUGGAAAAACACAUCCACAUAAUUGUGUGUAACAGCUUAUGAUCAUUGGGUUUUAGUUAGUGGCACAGAAGGGACAUGUCUGAAUUUUUACUUCAAAGGAAAGAAAGGAUGAUGGAUUACAAAAUAUAGAUUACUUCUACCCCCUCCCUCCCCACACAAAGGGAAAUCACCUAAUCUAACCAGCUCUUUCCAAAUUAGAAAAAAAAAAAAUGGUAAAGGUGCAGAUUUUUGAUGGGAAAAAUGAGGAAUUGAUUUAUCUUUUAAAUUUUAGUGACUGCUUUCUGAUGUUCUCUAGCUCUGCACAGAGAGCAUCAUCUAGCAAUUGUUGAAGGCAUUAGUAGACAGUAUUGGCAGGAGUGAAGCAAGCAUCAACAAAAAGAGUUUUAAAUCAAUACAGGUCUCCCUAAACUUUGUAUUCUUUAGGGGUGUACCUGAGAGCAGUUUGGCUCUGUGCAUUUAUUUGGCAAACUGGAUUUUCAGCCUCAGAUGCUUGCUGUUGACAGCCCACCAAUAUAUUCUGUCCUAUUCUAUUUUUUUUUAAAUUUUCACCUUUUUUUAAAUCUUUUUUUUUUAAACUUGCAUUUAUUUCUUUAAAACCAGCAACAAAAGCCAAUCAAACAAAUAAACACCCUGCAAUUUGUUUAAUGAGUUGGUCAUAACAUUUCAUGUCAAAUUUGGCACACCUCUGGAAAAAUGUUUAAGAAAUUUGAAAUGUGUGUCAUAGGUUUUUAGCUGCUUUAACCUAAUGAGGCUACAAAUGAAGUUAUUACAAAUUCUUCAUUUAAAGGCAAUGAAGAAAUAUCCUAGUUGUUUAAAGGAUGGCCCCAUUUUAGCCAGUUCCUACUGCUGCUACAACAGAUGCAAAAUUAUGCCACACAAGCAAUGUUUGAGGCAUUUUUGUCUCAAAGUUGCUAUUUAAUUUCAGAUAAAUACACAAGAGUAUAUAUUCUUUCUGAAAAUAGGUGUAUUUUGAAGUUCCCCAUUAUAUGGGACUUAGUUUUUAAACUAAAAAUGUGAAGUUACAUAUGUCUGAGAGAAGCCUUAUACCUAAAAGUGUUAUGUACAUUUUACCUUUUUAUAUAACAAGAAAUUUAGAUUAUACAUGGAUUGCAUACCUGUGACACUCUAGCGUUUUUUAAAAAAACCCAAAACCUACUUAAAACAUUAAAAGUUUAGAGCUUUUGGAAAUGUCAGACUCCAUGGACUGGUGGUCUUUGUCCUGCAGUCACACAGAAGAUUUUUUUUUUUUUGUCCUAUUCUGGAUCCUAAGAGUUGUCCACUGAACAGUAAGCAAUAAAUCACCAACACGUGUUUUUCAAGUUAAGUAGAUAGACAUAUAUUUUCCACUUGCCUUUGCCAACAUAUUUUAAAAUGUGAUUGAACUAUCCCCAUAGAAAAAUCAUUCUUUCAGAUAUGACUCCACUCCCAAGUGGGUUUCCACCCAUAUCUCUUUCUUAUCUGCAAAACCAGUGCUGUCCAUUGAGGUUGCUAUAUCGCUCAAGUGCUCAGAGGGCUGUUUGAGAUCUUAGAUAUAGGGAUGAUGGAUUGUGUUUCUAGGAUGAAUUUCAAAGGGACAAUCGUGUGCAGUUACUAGCUAUAGAUGAUUGAUAUAAAUGUUUACCCCUGUAUGAAGUAUUUUACAGUUUUACUUGCAGAUGUGUAUUUAUCUUGAGUUAUACUUGACAUAGAGUUUCUUUCAAUUUUUUUUUUUUAAUACUAUGUGUGUAUUUUGGAAACCUUUUUAGAUGUUAAAAUUUUUGAAUGGUUACAAAUAUUUCUUAUAAUACUGAAUUGUUAUCUGGAAACUCUUUGCAGUAACUUUUUGUAUAUAUUUGAGGGCCUUUUUAAAAAAGUAUUGUUUGUUUUUUGGGCAAAGUUUUUACAAUUGGGAAGCUUUCAGAAGGGCCUUCCUCUCAACUAGGAUACUAACGGAGGUAAGAGUUUUCUUAAGUAUUUUGCAGUAUUUUGCAGAACUAAGGAUGUAUCCUCAAGAAAAUAUUUAUGGAAAUAAUUUACUUUUUUUUACAAUGCUUUUGUCUGUAUAAAGUAUGCAACAGAACUACAUUAAGAAGGAAAUAUUGUCUACAUAAAAUAUUAUAUGAAAGUUGGUACAUAAUUCUGACAAAAAACCUUGCAAUUCUUUAAGCCAUAUUGUUUUUGUUAUCCUUGGAUGAAAAUAUCAGUAUUAAGUAACCAGUGUAUUAUUCAAGUGCUUAGACUUAUAUGAAAAUGCUUAUACGGUUUAUUUAUGUGUAUUUGGGGAACGAGUGCUAGAAAAGCUAUCACUAGACAUGUAGCAAGUGAGGAGCAAAUAUCAGAAUACUGUCACUUUAUGGCCUUGUGAGGGACACAGCGGUGUUGGAAGCACCGUGGAGACUCCGCUCUCAGGAGCUCCGAAGCACAAGUGGUGGGUUUCAAAUGGUGGCUCUUCCCUUCCCCGUGACUAGAGGGGAAGGAAGUUGGUUGGGACACUGUUUAACUUGACUUUCACAACUCUUUGCAGACUGUGAGCUCAGCUAUGCAGUAUCAUCUAUAGCAAUAAUAUCAAUCAAAGGAUGUAAGAGAAAAGGAUUGAAGUAGAUUAUUGUAGGGGUUUACGUUUAUUUUAAUUAGAACUGAUAGCAAUAUAGAAUAUGCAUGUGCACGUAUUCGAAGCAUUUUACACUUUACAUUUCAUGUAGUUUGAUUAUAUUAUGAAGGAUUGAGUUUUUAGUUUGAUAUUUUACCAUGUUAAAAUGGGAGGUCAGCCCAGCCCUAUACUGGAUUCUUGUUUCCUUUAAAAGGUUAUUUAGUACAGCACUCACUGCAUUGUGUAAUAGUGCUAAAACUAACACUAUUUUAUGAAUUUCUUCAGCUUUAAAAAAAAUUAACCUAAUGAUUAUUACAUUUGUUUAACUGUACCCACUGACCUUGUCAGAUUCAGUUGGCAAAUUGUGUAAUUUCUUUUUCUGUAACUGUUAAUAAACUUGUACAGCUAAAACAAACAAAACCUAUGGACAAAGGCCUCAGAGGUACCAGUUCUGUUUCAGCAAUCAAGAUGACAGCUUGCUCAUCUGGUGACUGUGUUGCUACUGAGACUGUAAAACCUCUGUUGUGGAUUGUCCAUAAAAUGGCAUUCCGACAUGUGCCUUAUUUGCUGGAUAGUAUACAGCUUUCCUCUAGUAUUCUAGCAUUUUAAUGCUGUAUUAAAGUAUUGCAAAAAAACCA